AUGGCGGAAGAAUCGCGUGGUCGCAGCCUUCGGCCGCGAGACAAGGGAAACGUUCUGGUCCUGGGUCAGAAGACACCAAUUCUGCCUUCCAUCGAGGCCGUCGCGGCGGAUGCGGACCCCGUGAAGAAGAAGAAGAACAAGACGAAGAAGAGGACGAAGACGAAGACGAAGACGAAGACAGAGGCAUCGAAUAUACACAGUGUGGAUGGGUUUGACGACACGCAGAAAGGGAAAGGCAUUCAGCUCACAUCCACCACACAGACCGUGGCCGUCAAAUUCGAACCGGGCCCUUUAUCCUCCUCAUACGAUUACCGAAGUCGCAGUCGCAGCCGCAGUCGCUCGUCGUCCCCAUCCAAGCGAGCUAUCAAGAGCACGGCAGACAUGGUACAUCUGUCACCUCGCAUCGAGGUUGUGGCAAGGAAGAAGGCUGCCGGCUAUGGUUACACUCUGGAAGAUUCGGUGGCGCGGCUUUGGGAUCGGUGCAAGGAGCAACCGUCUAUAGACAUCUCCAAGAUGGAGCACGUUUCCUCGCGAGAUCUCCCGUUCGUCGAGCGCACCUUGGAUUCUGCCCUUAGUCACGCUGCCGAUUGUUUCGAUGACAAUGUUCACGAGUCGCAAUGGAUAACGAAGGUCAUUGCACCCAUUCUCCUCCAGCUAGAACAGACAGCACCUUUCAAUUCGCCAAGCAGGGCCCCUGGCAACGAUGCCAUCCGGCUGCUCGACAUCCGAGACACCAUCAUAUCGCCCGAUGACCUUGUCCCCGCCUCCACCAAGGAGCUAUAUAAGGAUCUCGACAAGAAGAUUGGCCUUGCCCUGGGCCUCUGCCUUGAUUAUACGACUAAGAAGAAGGUCGACGAGCGCUACACCUCUAUCAACCAGACUGAAGCCUGGACCAAGUACGCACCACUCUUCCUCAACAUCGAGGUCAAGAAGACCAACAGUCCCGUCGACCCUGUUGUUCAGCUAGGCGCCUGGACUGCCGCUGAGUUUCUCAAACGCGCCGAACAUGGCUGGGACAUGACCCGGCCUGCUCUUGGGCUUGCGAUCGAAGGUCACGCAUGGCGCUUGCACGUUGUCGUCGCAAAGGAAUUCGAUGCAGAGGAUGAAGAUGGUAACCAGGUGAAAGACUUCAAGCUGGCUUGCAUAGGACCAACGACGCUCGGGACAACUGAGGACGAGGAGGGUCUGCAGAAGCUGUUUGCGAAUCUGUGCCAUAUUGUCGGCUGGGCGCGGACCGAGUUUCUGCAGUGGUUUGAGAGGGAAGUUGUUCAGCCGCUCAUGUAG